AUGAUCAUGUCAUUACAGUCCAAAAAUAGACUUCGAUUAAUUGUACCACCAUUGAACUCGAAAGUUAACAAGGUUCUAAAGACAUGCAAAAGAUGCAGGCAGCACAAGACCAAAUGCGAUGCUUACCGAACAAACCCAUUUCCAUGCUCACACUGUGUGAAGAGGAACUUAAAUUGUACAUUAGAAAUAAUCAACAAACCAACAGGACGAGUCAAGACUGUGGACAUGGUGGAAAGGUUGUCGUGCGAAGUAGACGAGUUGAAAUAUGUAUUGAGUCGACUCUUGGAGAGAAAGUCGAAAUUAGUUGACACUUUGAUAAUGCGAGGGAAGCAAGUACAAGCACAAGCACAAGCACAAGCACAGGCACAAGCACAGGCACAGGUUCAAGCACAAAACCGAAGGUUACGGAGAGUCAACGAAACAGAGGACCUCGUUGAAAGGUCUCCAACUCCGCUGGUUUCGGAGAUCGAGACUUGCAUCGAGUCACCACUCGAGUCACCACUGCAAGAUAUUGGAUGCGAAACGCUAUUGGUGCAGCCUCCAACUACUCAGGCCUCAUUGUCAAAGUUUGUCUUGUCUGCUAAUACCAAAAUAGCACCGGUGCUGCUAUCACAUAAACAAGCUCAACUUUAUUUCACGAAUUACGAACGCCACUUUAAUUCCUACCUCCCCAUUUUUCCGGAUGAAUUUUUUAGAAGCACAAAUCUUGUUGAAUUCCACACGGAAAAUGAACUCACUUUUUGGUGUAUCAUUAUUACCUCAUUAUUAAAUCAACAUGACCAAGCAGAAACAUACGAGAACUUAACUGAACACAUAAAGUCCCUCGUGGUGGCAAAAUGCUGGCUUCAAACUCCUAGAUCUGUAUACAUUAUUUCUUCAUUGUUAAUUUUAACAACUUGGCCCUUACCAAACCACAAGACACAAAUAUCAGAUAAUUUGUGCAUCAAAUACAUCAGUUUGAUGAAAUCACUUUCUUUACAGUUUGGCUUACACAAGCUAGAGUUUAUCUCGGAAUUUAGUCACAAGACCAAAUUAAAUGUCACUCGGGAAGUCAAUUUGAACAACAGAAUCAGGGAAAGAAUCUACAAGUUUGUGAAUGUUAAUUCAAAUUACUGGUUGAUACAUCUUGGUUUGUCCAACAACAACCAUAAUGGGUUCACUCAAGAUUACAUCAUCAACAAGGCUUCGAAUAUUGAUCUCUUCGAUAGUGGUGUAUCAUCUACAGACCAAUAUAUAAACUCGUUGUUAAAGAUAUCAAUUAUUCAAUCCAAGUUGAAUGAAAACAUGAGCAACUUAAUCGGUGACAGGCUCACCGAGGAUGGUUUACCUCUAUUGCCUAAUCAGAUUAAUACAUCAAAAAUGAUUAAUUUUAAUAUGUUUGAGAUUAUCUUGAAUGAUUUAAACAAGAUGCUCGCCGAAAAGGAUUAUGAAAGUGCAGAGAUGGAAAAAUUGAUCCAAGUAUCUAUUGCUUAUUCCAAGUUGCAGUUGUUUGUAUACUCGCUAUCCAAAUCUGAUAUAUCCGUUGUGGAAUAUAAAAAUUAUGUGAUUAAGUUGAUCAACUGUUGUUUGUCAAUUGUUGAGUUGAUGGAAUCAGAGGAGGAGUACUUAAAACUACCCAUUUUCUACAAGUUCCCCGUUGAACUAGCAAGCCUCACUUUGCUUCGCGUUUUCAAGUCUCCUAUUUUGAGUUCUGUCUCGCAAUAUCAAUUGGUGAAGAAUGCAUUUGGAAAAUUGUUUGACAAGAUAUUCCAACAUGACUCUUGGCAUUUUAUGAAUUUCAAAUUGUUAAAAAUAAUCGAAAAAUUUGACAAGUUGGAAAAUGAGUUUAUUAUUGCUAAGCAAAUGGACCAAGCCGAAACUUUGCAAAACUCAUUUUUCUUGGUAACAAGGAUGAAAAAUUAUCUAGUCUCUAGCUUGCAGUAUGAAUUGAUUUGGCUUAUUUAUGAGCAAGAAAAAAAUAAUGUCGAAAAUUUUUCCGAAAAAGUUGAUACUAGUUUGCCCUUGGAUUUCAUCAUUGAUAAAGAUUUACAGAAAUACAUCAAGUCUAACGAGUCUAUAUUGACAAUAUUAUAG